CCCCAAUUAAUUGCAACGCAGACCAAACCUCCCCGCUGGCCAUGGCUGGUGAGCCAGACGUCCGCCGGCGUGUCCGGCCGCUCUCAGUAAGCGGUCGGGAAGUGUCGGAAAGCAGUAGCCACUACAAACUCUUGCAACAGACGCGUGAUGAGGCCAGAUGGACGUGGCGGAUCGCUUCAGCUUCCUUUCUGGUGGCCCUUCUCUCGCUUGGAGCAUUCCUGUCCUGUAGUCGCACUGAAGAACCGGCGCUCACCCAGUUUCCUUCCGACAUGGAAGAAGUCACACCUGGCUGGGCUUGGACAACAGUCCCAGCCAUCGUCCGACAAGAGCGGUCUUUGCAAUCUAAGAAAGUGGGCAUUGUUAAAGCUGCAAGCAGAGUUUUGGUGAAGGAAGUCCGGGGAAUUCGAGCACGGAUCACAGAGCCUAUGGCUGGCUGGAUCUCAUGCGUGUCUGGGAAUGUGCAAGUGGUCACACGGCACGAGACUGAUGAGCACAUCAAGAAGGUGAAGAGGGAGGUUAUGGCCCACCAGAAAACUCAGAGGGAUUUGCUCACAGCUCUUGAGAAUGUCAAGAGGAAAGGAGGCAUACAUCCGAAACUCUUUGGCAAGGUUAGGCCGCAGAAUGAGUCUGCAGAAUUCGACGGAACUUUUGUGAAGGGCCAUCAUUCUGCCACAGGGCAGCAAGCUGGUGGCCAGUGAACAUGAUUUGGCGUUGGCGAUUGAACGGGUUUAGUUUGACUUGCCGUUGCGCCAAAAACAUGUCACUCUCACACCACUGGACUUCACGCAUCUACUCAUAGAAACCGUCAA